AUGCUGGAAUUGAAUAGUCCUAAAGCACGCAAUGUCAAAUUUAAGGAUGACUCAGGAUCACAAACCAGUAUAAUUCCAAGGUCGUCCUGGAAUCCCGGUAAGGUGCUCAGUCGGUAUGAGUUUGUUCUGCCACCGUCUGUAAGCCUCGAGGAACUGAAGGACACACACCCAGAGCUGAAAAUAGAGAAGUUGAGCUACCAAAGGAGGGAGAAAAAGACUGUGACAGUCAACGAUGCCCAGUGGUCAAACCAGUGGCAUUUGCGAACUAGCCAGACACCUAGUAUGAAUGUGUACAAUGCGUGGGACAAAGGAUUUAACGGAAGUGGUGUUACCAUAGCAAUAGUGGAUGACGGUAUUGAUAUAGACCAUUCGGAUCUCCUCGAUAAUUAUGUAAGCCUCAAAUUUUAA